AUGCCUCUCGCCAACGGCCAUCGAAGACCUCGACCAUCUUUCACAGAGCGCUCGCCCACCUUUCCUUCCUACUACAGCACCCGCAAGAAACCUCGCCGUUGGCCCUUGGUCGUGCGCUUCAUCAAAGGCGCCAUCCACGUCGAUAUUGCCCUACCAGUCUUCCUACACGCCGCCUUCGCCACUGCCAUCUGCUACUGGGACUUUAGGAAAGAUGGCCACCUCAGCAUUCCCUCCUCAGUUAUUCCUAGCUUAUCGAUAGUCGUGGGUCUCAUUCUGGUGUUCAGGAAUUCCACAUCUUACGAUCGCUUUUGGCAAGGAAAUCAGCUCUUCACGACCAUCUCUACGAAUAUCCGGAAUCUCACGAGGUCCUUCUUGGCUUGCUCGUACAAUUAUCACGGACCUGCACCCACUGAGGCGGAGAGAGCAGACACGGAACGGACUGUGAGGAUCUUGCUGGCAUUGAUCUACGCGGCGAAGAACCAUCUGAGGGCGGAGUGGGGACAGUCACUACCGAUACUGCUGCCACGCACGGAGAUCGAUCGGGUGAGGAGGCAGUCUACGUCCGUCUUCAAGCCGGAGUACGAUGAGCUGCUCCCUGCCGGCACGCGAGGCUAUGAAGAAGCUGGCCUAGGUUUACUACUCCAACUAUCGAUACAGGUCGAGGGCUACAUCAAGCGAGGGCACGAUCGUGGAUGGUUCCACUCGCCUCAAGCAUCGCAAUUGUCGGUACAGCUGAACACUCUGGUUGCUGCAUAUGGAUCAAUGGAGACGAUACACCUCACGCCGCUACCCGUGGCAUAUCUGAUCCAUAUGCGGCAGGUACUGGCAGGCUUCUGCUGCGUGCUGCCCUUUGCGCUGGUCGCAGAGAUGGGCUGGUAUUGCAUUCCGCUCGUGGCCUUUGUGACUUUUACACUUUACGGCAUCGAUGCCAUUGGCGCUCAGCUUGAAGACCCUUUUGGAUACGAUAGGAAUGACAUCAAGGUGGAUGCAGUCUGCGAGGAUAUCAGGACGGAAAUGACUGUGCUGUUGGACAACUGGCGACGGGGUGGAGAUAUGUUUCCUGCGAGAGAUGCGGUUGUGCCCAACUCGUCAUCCUGA